AAAAAUUCUCUGUUCAGAUCAAACAGAUCAUUUCAAUUUUCAGUUAAAUUCGAAAAAGUUGGCUGACUCAACAUGUUCACCCAUGAUUUUUGCCGGUAAAAAAUGAGUUUCAGAUCUCUAACUCAAGCGGUUACAGAAAGCGGUCAAUUUAACUGAAAAUCGAAGUGAUCUGUUUUUGAUCUGAACAGAGAAUUUUUCAUUGAAAAUAGUCGGCGUUUUCAUGAUUCCACUGCCACUUUCAUCUUUUUUCCCAAAAGAGGAAAUGGCAAAUCAAAUUAUCGACGAUAUUUUUGAAAAGUUUCUUCCAGGUGUACUUAAAGACGAAACAAUUGGUUAUGAGGUUGAAGAAUGGAUCCAUAGUCAUGAUGAUCUUAAAGGUUUGGAUGGGAAAGAGUUUAUUGUAAACUUUUUACCCAAAAUUUUCAGCCAAUUAAAUGUAUCUGAUGUCGGUCCUAGCAGUACUUUGGAGGAAAUUGCUGUCAGAUUGGCUGAAUUAUUAUUCGAUACACUUUAUAACAAUUGAUGGAUGGAUUAUAUUUUAAACUGAAUUCCAAUAAAUAUACUCGUGCAUAGCAAACGAAAGCUUCUGAUGAUUCGU